CGGAAGAAUUUGCUUGUACACUUCCGCCACAUAGACAGCAACGCGCUAAUUCACACAGCCCUUCAGAUCUGCCAAGAUGUUUUUGACACGGUCAGAAUAUGAUAGAGGAGUGAACACAUUUUCACCUGAAGGGAGGCUUUUCCAAGUGGAAUAUGCUAUCGAGGCCAUCAAGUUGGGAUCUACGGCGAUUGGGAUCCAGACAUCGGAGGGUGUGUGUCUCGCUGUGGAGAAACGCAUCACUUCUCCGCUCAUGGAGCCCAGCAGCAUAGAGAAGAUUGUGGAGAUUGACACACACAUUGGCUGUGCAAUGAGUGGUUUGAUAGCUGAUGCCAAAACACUGAUAGACAAAGCACGAGUGGAGACACAGAACCAUUGGUUCACAUACAAUGAAACCAUGACCGUUGAGAGUGUAACCCAGGCUGUGUCCAACUUGGCUUUGCAAUUUGGUGAGGAGGAUGCUGACCCUGGUGCCAUGAGUCGUCCCUUUGGUGUGGCGCUUUUGUUUGGAGGAGUUGACGAGAAAGGCCCCCAGCUUUACCACAUGGACCCAUCAGGCACAUUUGUGCAGUGUGACGCUCGAGCCAUUGGCUCUGCUUCAGAGGGAGCUCAGAGUUCGCUGCAAGAGGUGUACCACAAGUCUAUGACAUUAAAAGAAGCAAUCAAGUCCUCUCUGACCAUUCUGAAGCAAGUCAUGGAAGAGAAGCUGAAUGCGACAAAUAUUGAGCUUGCCACUGUAGAGCCUGGGCAGGCGUUCCACAUGUACUCCAAAGAGGAGCUCGAAGAGGUCAUUAAAGACAUCUGAAUGACAGCGGGGUCCCAUUCAUCCUGACCAAACCUUUUUGGAUUAAUUGGCCCUGACAACUUGCUUCCUUUUUGUUUUUUUUUCACUGAUUACAGAAAGGAGCUGGUUGUCUGUGUAAUGUUUUUCCUUUCCUUGGUCUUGGAAAUUUUUACAGGUCUGUACAAAUUACAGUAUGAUCGAAGCUGGGAUUUAAAUGGAACUGAAGGGGGGUAAUUUUGUUACAACUCAUUGUCAAUAAAACUGUUAUGCCCAAAA